AUGUACAGUCAAGAGGUCAAGGGAUUCCAACAGCAGAAGGAGGAUCAAAUCAGGAUGAAAGCGAGUGCGCAACAGCAGCAGAAGAGAAGGGGGUGGCGGUAA